AUGUUACAGACCAGAGCUACCCCCGGUUCCAGUUGCAAGCGUGUAUUCGACUCGGUCUUCCCGCCCGCAGCGCCUCAAGUUCUCACAUCUGGGGACUCUCACACCACAGUGACAUUUUGGAGCUUUACAACAGCAGGCCAGUCUGUUCGAUCCGAGGUUGUCGAAGGGACACAUGUUCCCACGUCACCGAAUCGCCCUUCUACCGCGUCGUCUCACUCGACCAGCAACAACACCACAGCUGCUAGCGCCUUGAAUGAAUCGUGGCUGGAUCAGGCCACCUGGGGUCGAGCAUGGCGUGUGGCGACGGAGUUCUUAGCGGUUCCGGAUAAAGGGUUUGAGGUGUUGGCAGGGUUUGAGGGGGAACAACAAGUCGACGAGGUGGAGAUCUUGGAGCAGUGGAAUCGGUACGAUUCCUUGUCCAAGGAGACUGCUGAUGCGCUGGCGUAUGUGAUCAGAGAAGGGUUUCCAUCGUCCCCGGAUCAGGAUUUACUAGAAUGGUAUGGGAAUGAAGUCAGGAGGCAUUUUCUGAGGAAUUUUCGGAGUGGACUGCUUCAGCUACUAGAUCAUUCAGACGAAGAAGACCCAGGCACAUUACAGGAAGUCGUCGGUUGUCUCCAGUUGGCGCGGCGGAUCUAUUUUGCUCCCCUUCUUCAAUUUCUUCUACCUCUUGUGGAUAGCACCGCGCAAGAAGGAGCCUUCGUCAAAUUUCAACGCAGUUUUCAUGCCAUAGUUUUAUAUGCUUUACCAUGGUCUCGGAUCUCUUCAUUACUCACCCGGGAACUAACGAGGGAGGCCUGGGUCAUUUUGGGUAUUGAUACGCUGAGUGAAGAGGAUGGGAAUAGAUCUGCUACUGACGACAUGGAUGUGGACCGAAAAUACUCGGUUUCAUAUCGUGAUUGGAGAGACGAGCCGUCUGCAGAGGCGAGGAUGCUCAUGAUGACCGAGGGAGAGGAUAUCCGAGUCACUGUGGCUCGCGAAAGACUGCUGUCAUUCAUCCGUGACCUGCAGCUUGUUGGCCUUGGUGGAAAUAAGGCGCAGAAGGUAUUUGCGAGUGUAAUGAACGCCAUGCUGACAGCGUUCAUCCGAGCUGCAUACACGGGUCAAUGGGAAGGACCGACAUCGGUGCCGCAGCAUCUUCGCCAAUGGGUAGAAAACCUAUUUUCUCGGCUGGUGGUUCAGGUCCUAGCUAUCAUCAAUGCCCCUGAAACUGAAAUAAAGACACAAGACCGUCUGGACGUGAGUCUAGGGGAUGUGAGCAAAUGGCAGGAGAUUGCCGUUGCGCGUCUCGGUGCGCUUCGAACCUCGGAACUCUUCGAGGUUAUCGUCGAAUGGCCUGUAAGCAUCGGCGCUGUUGAAGAUCUGCGGUAUUUCACGACGUAUCCUGCGGCGAGAUCUUAUUUGACGCAUUCAUUCACCGCCGUAUUAAACCAAAGGCUAUUACACCCAGGCGCUUCGACAGUGGAGAUCUUACAAGUGUACAUCUCAAUUAUCCGAGCAUUCAAUCUUCUAGACCCCAAGGGUGUUCUUCUGGACCGUGUCGCUCGGCCCAUUCGCAGAUAUCUACGGGACCGCAAUGAUACCAUCAAGGUAAUUGUAGGUGGCCUUUUGGCGGAUCCCGUGGACGCCACCGGGCAGCCGGAUUCGUCAAGCACUGAAACCCUAGUCGAAUUGGCAGCAGAGUUAGCCAAUGCGCAUCGCCAAGCUAGCCUGCGCAAUGACAGCGGCGAACUGGACUGGGACGACAUGAAUUGGAUGCCGGAUCCGAUUGAUGCAGCGCCAGAUUACCGGAAGUCGAGAUCAUCGGACGUGAUUGGCAGUUUGAUCAGCUUGUUUGAGUCCAAAGAAGCAUUUGUGAAAGAAAUGCAGAAUGUGUUGGCGGAGCGCCUGCUCCGGAAGCGUGCAGAUUUCGAUCAGGAAAUGUCAGUAUUGGAAUUACUGAAGAUGCGGUUCGGCGAUUCGGCUCUGCAGGCGUGCGAAGUCAUGCUACGGGAUAUUUUCGACUCCAGACGGGUUGAUGCUGUGGUGCGGAAUGAUCAGGGACUAGUGACCGGCCCUGUGACGCCUGGCAGACCUGCGGAUAUAAUCGAAGAAGAACGCGGGAUGCCGGAAUUGCAUGCGAAGAUACUAUCUCGUUUCUUCUGGCCGGAGAUUCAGGGCCAGGACUUCAAGGUUCCUGAUGAGGUGUCACAGCUGCAACAGCGAUAUGCAGCUGGCUUCGAGUCUCUCAAACAGUCUCGUAAGCUUACUUGGAUUAAUGGAUUAGGACAAGUGACCGUUGAGCUGGAUCUUGAGGAUAGGGUAUUCAUCGAUGAAGUGACGACCUGGCAAGCCAGCGUCAUCUACGCUUUUCAGUCCAAUGCACAAGAUCCGGUAACGCUUAGUGUUCCCGAACUGUCGGAACAGCUGCAGAUGACGCCUUCUCUCGUACGCAGCGCAUGUCUGUUCUGGGUAAGCAAACGCAUCCUCACAGAAGCGUCGCGUGACCGGUUCCGAGUCCUCGAAAUCCUUCCCUCGGAAACGCAGGACGCGGAUACUGGGGACAUCGAUGAUCCCAGCACAUCAACCAAGGGCAAGGAUGACGAUGCGGCGCGUGCCGCGGCGGCCGCAUCAGCAGCGGAAGCGAUGGCGGCCAAGGAAUCGGCGGAAGCAGCGGCAAUGGAGAAGAUGAACCUAUACUGGCAGUUCAUCAUGGGGAUGUUGACGAACCAGGGUGCGAUGCCGCUGCAGAAGAUUGCAAUGAUGCUGAAGAUGGUGGUGCCGGGGGGGUUCCCGUUCAGCAACGAGGAGCUGCGGGAGUUUCUGGCGGGGAUGGUAGCGAAGGGGAAGUUAGAGAUUGGGAGCGGGGGGAACUAUCGGAUUGUUUCGUGA